AAUGAAGCGCACCUUCUUUGACUUUCAGACCUGUACAACAAGACUACAAUCGAGACUAGAGGUAAAAUGGCGACCAAAACAAGUCAUCUUGCAGGCGAAGUGGCACCAACACAUUAGUGAAAAACGAUGCCUUGUUUUUGAAAUUUUCCGUGUAAGAUCCUAUUUAAGAAAAGUUCAUCAACCGUUUAUCAGAUGUUUACCAUAGCUGGUCACAGAAUGUUUGGGAUUCAACUGAAACAGAUGUCUGGUCAAAGGUAUAAAAGAACAAACUUCGAUGAUGAGGACACUUUAUCAAAUGGUGGCAGCACCCCACCACCAAUGGACUUUGCGCCAGGAAUAAUGUUUAAGGGUGGAAUGACUGUCUGGCAGAGAAAGACGGCGUUAGAGAGGAUAUUGCUAGUGUUGUUGGUUAUAUUAUCAAUAGCUUUAAUUGUUAUAGCAUCUUUAUUGGCAGUGAAACAAACAGAAAUUAGACAAGUUAAUGUUCAACCAGAAUAUUGUAUAACAGCAGAAUGUAUAACUGUAGCUAGUAAUUUAUUAUCCUCCAUGGACAAAACUGUUGAUCCAUGUGAAGACUUUUUCCAAUAUGCUUGUGGUGGUUGGAUAAAAUCGCAUCCCAUUCCGUCUGGACAUUCCCAUUGGGGAACAUUUGAAGAUCUAUGGCAACAAAAUCAAUUAGUCAUGAAAAAUGCAGUUGAAAAACCAGAUGAAAGUAUGCAUAGUGAAGCAGAAAGAAAAGCUAAGAAAUAUUACGAAUCCUGUAUGGAUGCUAAUAAGACAAUAGAAAGUCUAGGUGCAACACCGUUAAAACGUGUCCUCAGCAUGAUAAUCAAAAAUAAAAGUAACUCUGGCUGGGAAAUACAGGAUUUAGUAGAGGAAAUUCAUCUGUUAGAUAUCAACGCUCUGUUUAAUGUGUGGGUCGGUGAAGAUGAUAAAAAUUCUUCUAAAAAUAUCUUACAUCUGGAUCAGGGAGGAUUAGGAUUACCCGAGAGGGAUUAUUAUUUAAAUAAAUCUAUAUCUGAAGAUAAAGUAUUAAAAGCAUAUUUAAAGUACAUGGUGGAUAUUCAGAUGUUGUUAUCUGGUAGCGAGGAAGAACAGAGAAAUGAAACGAGAGAAAAUAUGAUCGAAGUUAUCAAGUUUGAAACUUUACUUGCUCAGGCUACAGUACCAGCAUCAGAAAGACGAGGCAUUCAGAAGCUAUAUCAUAAAAUGACAAUAGACCAGAUACAGAAAGAAUUUCCCAUGUUAAAAUGGUUAUCUUAUUUUAAUCGUUUGAUGAAUACUGUGAAUAUAUCCGUAACUAGCAAGGAACCAAUAGUUGUCUAUUCUCCAUCUUAUUUAAAGAAUCUCACCCAGAUACUUAAAACAGCUCUACAAGAUGAUAAUGGAAUCAAAACUGUGAAGAACUACCUUAUAUGGCAUGUAAUUAAAUCUUUUGCACCUUUAUUAUCCAAACAGUUCCGAGAGGCAAAAGAUCAGUUUUCUGAGGCGAUUACAGGUGUUAGUGGUAAUGAUGAAUUAUGGAGAUCGUGUAUAACAGAUACUAAUAGUGUUCUAGGAUUUGCUCUGGGUGCCAUGUUUGUAAGAGAAACUUUCCACGGAGACAGUAAAAUAAAGGCAGAGAAAAUGAUAGAAAUGGUUAAAAAAGCUUUCAAGAGUAAUCUACCUUAUUUGACGUGGAUGGAUCGAGAAACCAGAUUGGCUGCUAUUGAAAAGGCUGAUGCUGUAGUUGAUAUGAUUGGAUUUCCACAGUAUAUACUCAACGCUACACAACUAGAUAAAGAAUAUUCUAAGUUAUUGAUAAAUAGAUCAGAAUAUUUCUAUAACAAUGUCAGGAAUCUCAAAUAUCAACUAGCGAAGAACUUCGAAAUUCUCAGGAAACCUCCAAAGACGAAAGCGUAAGCACAGUUUCUGUUAUAUGUAUUUACAACUUGUAAACUCUAGCACACAAAUUGUCUUGUA